GGACGGCGAGUGUAUAUUCUUGAGAGCUUCGAGGGGAGGGAGCCGCACGAGGGGUCUGGGGAAGAACUGGAGGGCCAGAUUCCGCCUGGCCGCCCCGGCUCUCCCUUCGGCAGGCGGAGGGUGGCCGAGGUGCGGAGCGGCGCUGGCGGAAGUUGCGGGCAAAAAUGGGAAGGAAAAGGAAGCUGGGGCUUCCAGCUGCUGUUGCUGGCAUUGGAUGGCGCCCCCAUGCCGUGCUUACCUGGUGUGUCAGGGGAGCCCUUGCCGCCCACCCCGUCGCUCUGGAAGAUGAUGGAGGAGCAACUGGCCCCCAGUGAGAGGCUUGAGGUGAAGGCGAUCUUGGGUGUCGACGUUGUGGAGCGCAGCUUGGAGCUUCAUGCUGAGGUGCAGACCCUGUUAGAAUUCUAUCAGGAGCUGCAUUCAGGUCAUCGGAGACUGGAAGAGAGUCCUGAACCAGCAGUAGAGAGCAGGGCCUUGCUAGCUGCCCCUCCCAACCUCAAGGAGCUAGUGAGGGAGGAGAUUCGACUUCUCCUGAUCAGCCUGCAACAAAAAGCAAUGCAGGAGGGCAGAGACCAAGAUGACAUCAUUGCUAAAUACAGCCCACAUGUGGUCACCUUUGCUUUGAAUGCUGGCAACAGUCGGCCUUUGUCUGGGAGUGGAAGUAGUGCCCUCAUCAGACCAGCAUCCUCCAGAAUCACUAAUGACCUGGGGCCCUUCUGUAAUAAACUGAAUAUUGCCCAAAUUGGUGAUAUAUCUUCUCGACUUAGGACCCUGCUGGAAAAUGAAUGCUAUUCUCUGGAAAGAUACAUCUCUUAUUUACAGUGCCAACUGGAGGAGGCAUACCAACAUGCUAAAGAGCUACAACAGACCACACAUGAACCCACCAUGGCAGAAUUACAAGAAGAGAAGCGUGCCAUGGAGCGAGAUUUGCAAAUGAGUCAGUCCAAACUAUGCUCUAGCUCUUCCCUGAUCUCAAAACAGCUCUGGAGUAGUAACUCUCCACCCCAGACACGUCCAAAGAGCUCAGCCAAAGGAUCAAACUUGGUAAAGAUCAGUCAUGCUUCUACUACAGCUUCUUCACCACAUCAGACAUCUCCUUUACGCCAUCAAGCACUACCCUGGUGGAGCCCUUCAGCAAAACGAAAUUUGGAAUGGGAUGCAGUGGAAUUUAAGCAAGCAAGGAAGGACAGUGGCACCCCACUGACUGCCUCUAUAACUCGGAUGCCUCUCAAGGGCAUCAGGAUUGCUCCAGCUUGCAGGACAGGAGCACCAGAGUGGGAGCCUGCCUUCCAGCCCAUGCCUCCUGCAGAACCAUGCCCACUGCCCCGCUUUUCCCUCCGCACUAGGCUGCUACGAUGUAAAGGACCCAGCUAGGGAAAGGAGGCCUUCCUUUUCCUCAGGACGCCCUUACACUGUGGUGUCCUUACAGGGGAAUCAUAGCUUCCUGUACCAAAACUGGGCACAUUGGCUGGAGUGACUUUUGCUCAUCUCUGGGUACCGGGCCAUGUGGCAUUCCAGAGGAUGUGAAAAUGCAGAAAUGGCUACCCUGAACACAGACAAUCAUCUACAACCACUACCAUA